GAAUAGUAUAAACAAUAUCCUAAUAAGUAGUAUAAAGGUUAUCAAAUAUCCCAUGAUCUCUUCAAAUUCAAAAAGAUCCCUAGCACUCUGACUGAUUCUUCGAAGGGGCAACAGCACAAAAUCAUCGAAAAUGGACGCAAUGAUCGAAGGAAUGUACAAUAAGGUGGAUCUUGAUAACGACGGUACAAUAACCAAAGAUGAAUUGAUGGCUUGCUUCAAGAGAUUCGAUUCUGAUGGUGAUGGUUCUGUUUCACUGUCGGAAUUCAUCAGUCACUGGAAAGAAGUGUUCAACGGCUCUGAAGAUUCCGCCCAAAAAGUGUUCAAGAAAUUGGAUGGAGAUGGCAGCGGAAGCGUUGAAAUGUCCGAACUAGAAGGUCUAUACAAACUUCUGGAUACUGAUGGUAACUACUCUUGUUUUCUCGUAUCAUAAUUUUGAUUCACAAGGUGAUGGCACAAUAACAAAGGCUGAAUUCAUUGCAAAUUGGAAGAAGAUCCUGACAUGAGCACGACACAGCUGAUGGAUAGACGCCCAAUUGUUAUAUCACUAAGGAGACUCAAUAUGACAACAUUCGUCACCAAGAACAUUUUUCAUAUUUUGUUAUAAUUAGUAGAUAGGACACUUAUAUUAAUUUAUAUAUACGUAUUUUGUAUAAAGUUUUAUUCAAGUUAAAGUAUAAUCAAAUUUGAAUGUGAAUAAAUAAAUGUGGUUAAGCAAAAGUUGUAGUAGAAGUUAUAUUUCCCUGAACCAAACUGAAACGCCCUCUUUAAAAGCCCCGUGAAAAGAACAAGAGGAAAAAGCUCUUUAAGUACGGGGUAUUAGUCCUGUGCUACUCACUGUAU